AUGGCUAGACUUAUAUUAUUAUUUUGUGCGGUGAUAUCCACGAUAAACGCCCAGUGCACGGUGGAGAAGGCCGAGCCGCAGCUGAGGAGAGCGGUCUAUGAGUUCUCCAUCGAUCUCCUCCAGAGGACCGCGCAGGAUACGGACUACCACUUCGUGUCCUCCCCCCUGUCGGUAUGGACCCUCCUCGCCAGCGCCUCCCUCGGCGCCGCCGACGAGACGCUCAGCGAGAUGAAGAAGGUGCUGCACCUGAGCAGAAACAAGUGCUUCAACAACAAAUACCUCGAGAUAGCGAACCUGGUGACCUCGGUCGACGAGACGGACGGCUCGUUCCUCGAGCGAAGCGCGGUUAUAUUUGCCGACGACCAGGCGCGCAUCACCGACAUCUAUAAGAACAAGGUGGCGAGGAGCAAAAUUAGCAAAAUCGAGGAGAUCUCCUUCGAAAAUCUCGAUCAGUCGGCGGCGACGAUCAACGACUACGUCCGGACGGCCACGCACGACACAAUAGAAGAUAUUGUGUCGCCCGGCGACUUGGAGAACGUGGUAUUGGUGAUGAUCGACGCGCUGUUCUUCAAGGGCACGUGGACCAAGCCGUUUUCGGAGGAGGACACCGAGGAGAGCGCCUUCUACAACGACCUGAACGUUCAGGUCGGCGACGUCCAGCUCAUGUACAGCAUGGACGAGUACAACGUGACGGUUCUGGACCAGCUGCAAGCUCAGGUGUUGGAGCUGCCCUACGGACAGAACAGGCGGUUCUCGAUGUUCGUCUUUCUGCCGCUGAUGGAAGCGUCUUUGGCGACGGUGAUAGACAGCCUUCAGCACGUCAGCUUACCGGCGAUCAGGAACUUAUUCGCUACGUACGGCCCCACGCAGACUAUCGUGCAGCUGCCGAGGUUCAAGGUCUCGUCGGAUCUCAGCAACCUCAAGGAGCUGCUGAGCGAUAUGGGCCUAAGGGCUCCCUUCGACAGCACCGUCGCCAGCUUCCCGAUCAUUUCCGAUUCGGAGAUUUACAUAUCGACCUUGAUCCAAAAGGCCGAGAUUGAGGUGAACGAGCAGGGAACGACUGCGUCUGCGGCGUCGGCCGCGGAGUUCGUGUCGAGGACGAGACCGACACAGUUCAACGCCAACAGACCCUUCCUAUUCAUGAUAGUCGACAACAACAACGAUAUACCGAUAUUCACAGGAGCUUUCUCCAAGCCAUCGUUGUUCUAG